AUGGAACCUAAAGAAACUGAUAAUAUAAUAAAAGAUGAGGACAAUGUGAAAAAGGAAGAACCUAUAUUAUCUAUUGAAAAAUAUUUAUUAAAAGAGUUUGGUGAUGGGAAAACGAAUAAGAAGGAUGUUAUGAGAAAAUUGAGAAAGAGGAUAUAUAAUCAUAAAAAUUCAGAAGAGAUAUACAAAAAAUUAAAAGAGAUUCAUGGGAAUAGUGGUAUAUGUACACGUCAAUGGAAAGAAGGUAGUUUUGCUUUUAAGUGUUAUAAUUGUGAAGGGGAUCCAACGUGUGCUAUAUGUGCAAAAUGUUUUUUUGCAUCAAAUCAUAAGAAUCAUAUAUAUAGGUUAACACAUACAAGUGGUGGUUGUUGUGAUUGUGGAGAUACUUCAUGGAAUAUUAAUGGUUCAUGUUUUGAUCAUAGAGGAAUUAAUGAAGAUUGUUUGAUUGACAAUUCUAUAUUAAAUAUUGAUAUAAAGAAUCGUGUAAGAGAAGAUUUAGAAUGUUUGAUAGGAACAUUGUUUAGGGAUAUAGUAUUAAAAGAUGGAUAUUUUUUAUCCUUAGUAAGUGCUGAUUAUAUAGAGCAUGCAUUUGAUUUUUUUAAAGAUUUAGGGAUUACAAGUUAUUUAUUUCGGCAAGUUAUAUGUGAAGUAUUUACAGGUGCAAAAAUAGAUUUUUUAGUAAAUUUUCAUUAUUGUUUUUAUGUAGGUGUACAGAAAGCUUUAUAUUCUUUUUAUUUAUCUUUAUUUGUUCAUCCAUAUUUUAAACAAAGAUUUGCUUUUAAGCUAGCUAAACAUUAUAAAUUGGUUGUUCGUGUAGCUGAUGAUCGUAUUUAUAAUGAUAAUCAUUUGAAUGGAUUAAGUGUUCAGGUUUUAACUGUUCCCGAAAUAGCAUAUACUUUAGUUAUAAAUAAUUUCUUGAAUGAUUUAUUAAAAUUAAUAGAAAAUUUAUGUGUAUUUAAUAAUGUAACAAAUUGUGUUAUGCAUAAAAAUUUCUUACGAUCUGAUAUCGAAAUUAUUAUUCGUAUAUGUGUUGAUUUGAAAUAUUUGCUUUAUCAUCAUGAAGUUAUAAAAAUUGUAUUAUUUAAUAAAUAUGUCAUCAAAAAAAUAUUAAAAAUAUUAUCUCUUCUACAUAGAAUGAAUUCACAAGUACGCUAUACAAAAUCACAUAUUAUAUAUGAAGACUUAUCUAGUUCAUAUUCCAUAACCAUUGAAAAUUAUCUACUUCGUGUAUUUGAACCUUUAGCUAAUUUUUGUAAAAGAGAAGCUAAUGCAAAUUUUAGAAAUUUAUUUUUAUUGUACCAAUUAACAAUUAAAGGUAUACAUAAAUUGGAUUUAUUCCCAUUUAAUCGAAAAAAAAAGGAGGCUGAAAAUUCUUUUAUGAAUCGCAAAAAAUUGAAGGAAAAAAAAAUUACAAAAAAGAGGAAUAUUAAAGAGGAUAAUUCAACGGAUGACUUGACAGGUGACAGUGAUAAUAGUAGUACUAAUAAUGUUUGUCGUUGUGAUACUAAUAAUUAUGAUAACUCGAUGUUUGAUCGUAGUUGUAGUAUACAAGGGUUAAAUAAUAUGAAUGACGACGUUAAUAAAUCAGGAGGAGUCUCUUUAAAUGACGACAAUACAAAUAAUACAAAUAAUACAAAUAAUACUACUACUACUAAUAAUAAUAAUAAUAAUAGUAAUAAUAGUAAUAAUAAUAAUAAAAAUUGUGAGGCCAAGGCCAAUGAUCAAACGAAUAAGAAAAAAAAAUUCAAACAUCUCAGAUCUUUACAUUCUCCAUUAGUUCGAUUCUUUAUCAUGAUUUUAAAUUUUGAUGUCAUUAAAAAAUGCCUAGAUGACGUGUACUGGUAUAAAUAUUUAUAUUUAAGAAGGGUUUAUAAGAAAAAAAGGAUACAUAAAAAUAGAAAAAAGAGUCCUACAUAUAAUACAAAUGAUAUUAAUAAAAAUGAAGUGUGUAGUAAAAAUAUUCCAAGUGAUGAUAAUAAAUCAUUUAAUAAAAUGUACAAUAAUAAUAAAAUGAAGAAGGAGUUAACAUAUAAUGAUGAAUAUAUAAUAAAUGAAUUUAUUAGAGAUUUUUAUUCUAUAGAAAAGCAUUCAGAGGAAAUAAUAAAUCAGAGAAAAAUAUUACAAGAAAGAUAUGAAAACGAUGGUAAUAAUAUGAAGAUAACACUUUUUCAUUUUAAAAAAUUUUUUACAAGUAAUGAUGAACAUAAGAAUGAGCAUUUAGGAAAAUAUAUAAAUGAGCAUAUACAUUUAGAAAGUAAUUAUUUUAAAUGGAUUAUGAAUACUAGUUCUAGUUCUAAAUUACGUGAAUGUAAUAAUAAGUAUAGAAUUAAAUAUAGAGAAACCAUACAAGAAAAGAAUAUAAAAAUAAAAUGUAAAAAUAUAUAUAUAGAGAAAAAAUUAAAAAAUUUAAAAUAUGAAUUUAAUGAAUUUUUGGAUAUAAAAUAUGAUAAAGAAAAACAUAAUAUAUAUUUACAUCCAUUAUAUAUAGAUUUAUAUAUGAGAGAUAUAUUUGAGUUUUUAAAUUUAUUUGAUUUAAAAUUAUUAAAAAAUAUUCUUUUUAUAAAUAUACAAAUCUUAACAUUUAUAUAUGAAAUUAAAUAUGGUUACUGGGUAAGAAAUGGUCCUCAAAUGAUUUUCCAGGUUGGUGAAUAUGAUAAUUCUUUAUUUUUUCAAAAUGAUUUAAUAGGAAUACAAUUUGCUAUAAUAAUGAUGAAUGUUUUACCUUUAUACGAAAAUCAAAAAGUUCAUAUAAAUUCACAUGUGAUCAAUUUAUUUCAUCGAAUAUGGAAUAACAAAGUUCAAUACAAUGAAUCACUUAAAAAAUUACCUUGGUCAAAAAACGAGAACAACGAUAUUCAAAAUGAUUAUGUGCAUAAAGGUGAUGAUGAAAUAUGUAUAAAUGAAAAGGUAUAUGAUGAUCAUACUAAUAAAUAUAUAGAUACAUCUCCAAAAUUUACAUAUAAUGAUAAUAUUCAGAAUCACUAUAUGGUAGAACAACACUCUGAGGAUAACAAACCGUAUUAUAUGAAUAAAAUAAAAUAUAUAAAAAAAAAUGAUGAAUUCUUUGAAGAACAUAUGAAAAUAUAUGAAAGCAUGCUUAUAUAUAAUAGAGCCAAAAAAUUAAAUGAUAAUAAUACCAUACCUUUUAAUAAUAAACUGGGAAAUUCAAAAGGAAAAAAUUUGGAUCAAGAUGAUGGUGAUCAUGUCAAAUUGCUUUUUGGAAUUGACGAUAAAAAUGUAAGUAAUAGUAAUAAUAUGAAUAAUAUGAAUAACAUAAAUAAUAUGAAUAAUAUGAAUAAUAUGAAUAAUACGAAUAACAUAAAUAAUAUAAAUAACAUAAAUAAUAUGAAUAACACAAAUAACAUAAAUAUGUGUAAUAAUAAUAAUACAUAUGUUUAUAAUAAGGAUGGGGCGGAUAAUAAGGUGGAAUGCAAAUCAAUAUGUGAUCUUUUGUGUAAAUAUUCAUGCAAACAAUUAAGAGACCAAGAAAAUGAAUCAAAAACAUUAUUAAGAGAAACCGAAGGGAUGUUGACCUCGGAUAAUAUAAAUUUGAACAAAUUAGAUAAUGAUAAUAAUAAUAAUAAUAUAAAAAAUGAUUUGUUAGAGAAUGAUGAAAGGUAUUAUAAGAAAGGUUCUCUAACGAAAGAAUCAAUAUAUAAUGAAGAUAAAAUAUGUGAAAAAUAUAAAAAGAGCAGAUUAGAGUGGAAUGAAUAUUUAGAAGAAUUUAUGAAUAUAGAAAUAAGAAAUCCAUUUAUUAUAUUAUAUCAAUUAAUAUUUAAAAAUUUUCGUAUGAAUUUAAAUAUAAGAAAAAUAAAUGAUAUGUAUAUAGAAAUAGAAAUACAUCAUAUAAAGAUGGCAUAUAAAAUAUUUAGUGAUAUAUAUACAAAUAAAUCUAGUAUAGAUUCUAGAAAAAUUUGUCACAUAUUUUAUUUUCAAUUUUUUUAUGAUAUAAUUAUACGUAUCUUUAAUGAAUUAUAUUAUUUAGAAUAUAGUAAUAUACCAAGAAAAACAUCUUAUGAAAAAUAUAUAGAAAGAGGUAAAUAUCAUGUUAAAAAAAUAUUAAUACAAUUAUUAGCAUCAAAAGAUUUUCAAUAUUUUCAACUCGAAAAUGUAUUUCCUAAGCAAUUUAGACACCAUCCAAGCUUUUAUGAACUUGUUAAUAAAUAUGGAUAUAAAACACAUAUGCCUAGAAGUAAUGUUAAUUUGAUAAAGUUAAAUAAGAAUUCGUGGUAUCUCUAUGAUGCCUUUUGGCCACUCUCAGCAUUCAAAGAUUUUCAAACAGCUAAUGAAAAAUGUAUAAAAGAAGAAAAUUCUUCCUAUAUAGGAUCUUCAAGGGAAGAAGAUAAAGAAUAUUUAAAUUUUUCAUUUCGCAAAGUUCAAAAUUUAUUAUUCUAUACAUUUAAAAACAGUUGUCUCGUUUCUAUACUUUUAAUUGUCUUUAUUAUUAAUGACGAAUUUCAGAGGAAAAUCGAAAAAAAAAAAAAAGAAGAAUUAGAAAAGAAAGAAAUGAAAAAGCAUAUUAAAGCGGAUCUAACGGCAGAAGACGACGCACUGCUUAAUACAAAAAGUGGUACAACGAAUAAUAAUACGUGUGAUGUAGGAGUUGUCAUUAAUGAGGAAGGAAACCAAUCCAGUGGAAUGUCUCAAAAUGGUGUAGCUUCUCAGAGUGGAAUAAAUAUGAAUAAUGAUGAUGUAUCAGGAGAAGAAAGGAAUCAUAACGAUGAUAUUAAUUAUAUGGAUGAUAAUGAUGGUGAUAAUGAUGGUGAUAAUGAUGGUGAUAAUGAUGGUGAUAAUGAUGGUGAUGAUGAUGAUAAUGAUGAUAAUAAUGACGAUAAUAAUGACGAUAAUAAUGACGAUAAUAAUGACGAUAAUAAUGAUGAUGACAAUAAUAAUGACAAUAAUAAUGAUGAUGAUAAUGAUGAAGAUUCCAAUCUUCAUGGUAGUUCUUCGAAUAUGGUAAAUAUUAUAAACAGUGGUGAUAAUAAUUCUGUGACUAAUUCUAGUAAUAUAAAUACAGCACGAAAUAAUAACAGUACAUAUAUUAUUGUAGAUCAGAAUGGAGAUAAUGAAACCUUAUUUGCAGAGAUAUUAAUAAAUCGUAAUCCUAAUAAUUCUAUAAAUAUGGAAAUUGUAAAUGUAACAGAUAAUAAUGUUGGUGAUGAAAAUAAUAAUAGAAAUUAUCGUCAUUUAAAUGCUGAUGGAUUAUCUGAAUUAAUCAGAAGUCUUAUAAGUGAAAAUAAUAUUAUUAAUAAUGUAAUAGAUGAAUCUUUUUUACAAAAUAAUAAUGUAGGAGGUGAUAAUUCUAUUAAUAAUGAUGACAUAAGAAAUAGAGGUGGAUCUAUAUUUGAUGAUAAUAUAUCUUUUGAUAAUAAUUCAUCAAGUGAUGAAUUGAAUUUAAUGGAUUCUACAAAUUCAAAUAAUGUCAGAAUUAAUUUAUACGGUAGAACAAAUGGAUUGUACGAUUUAAAUUUUAUUUUGGAUAGUAAUGAAAUCAUGGGUAACCUCAAUACACAUAAUGUGAAUAAUACAAUAGAUAUAUUGAUCAAAAUUAUAAAAAUUUUGAGUGUGGCCAUGGGUUCAGCACAUCCCUUUAUUGAGCUAAAUAGUUUUUAUUAUCUUAACGCGGUCAAUUUUUAUGGCAUAGAUAAUGAUGAUGACAGUGAAAAAAAUGAAGAAAUUGGUAACGAAGAAAUUGGUAAAAAAAAUAUUGAUAAUAAUGAACAAGUUGAAAAAAAACACCAUUGUGAUCAAAAUAGAAUUUAUGAUGAUGUUGAUGGGCUAUCGUCCGUAUCAUCAAGUUCUUAUGAUAUAUUAAUGAAUCAUUUGGAAGAAUCAUGUAUGUAUACAAGUUAUUCAGAUGAAACAUAUGAGAAUAAUGGUAAUGUUUAUAAUAUUAGGGAGGGAUUUAAUGUGGAAAACAUUUCUUAUGAUAAAGAUAUAUUAAAUGAAAAAAAAGAUAUAGUAGAAAUAGAAAAUGAGAAAGAGAAAUAUUUAAAAAUAAAUGAUCAUUCUAUUAAUGAAAAUUAUGGUUGUGUUUCCUUAUUAAAAGAUGAACAUAAAUUGUCAUCAUCCGAUGGAAAUAAUAAUAUUAAUCGUUGUAAUAAUAAUAAUAUUAAUCGUUGUAAUAAUAAUAUUAUUAUUAAUCGCUGUAAUAAUAAUAAUUAUUAUUAUGAUAAUAUUAAACAUGGUGAUGAGAAAGGUGGUGAAGGUGAAGAUUCAGAAGAAUGUCGAAUAAAAGAAAGUAACAAGAAAAUGUCUGAAUGUAAUAAUAAGGAAAAUAUAAUUUUUGAUUCUAUUAAUGUAUUAAGAAAAGACAAUAUAAAGAGAUUGAAAAAUAAUAUCUGUAAGAAUAAAAAUUGUUAUAUAUAUGAUGAUGAUAUUAAUAAUAAUAAUAAGAAGAAAAAGGAUGUUGAAAAUCAAGAAAAAGAAUUUUACGUGUUAAAUAAAAUAUUUGUACAUAAUUUUAUAAAUUGUAUUAAUAAUAUAAAUGUGAAUGAAGAUAAGUGCUUUCAAAAAGUGAGAUCUACCAUUUUAAGUAGAUUAAAAGAAAUGUAUUCUGGAAAUUAUGAUUGUAAAAAUAAUAAUAGUAAUAAUGAAUUUAUAGAAUUAGCGAAAAAAAAACAAGAAGAUUUAUUACAAAGUAUGAAAGAACAACAAUCAAAGUUUAGUAAUUUUUUAGAAGCAGAAUAUUCAUCUGAAGAAGCUGAUUCGCUACCAAAUGGAGGAAUUGAAGACUUUGAAGAUGUCGAUUUUAUGGAUGAUGCUAGUAGUUAUAGUGAUAGUAAUAGUAAUAGUAAUAAUAAUAGUAAUAAUAAUAGUAAUAAUAAUAGUAAUAAUAAUAGUAAUAAUAAUAGUAAUAAUAAUAGUGAUGGUCAUGAAGAUGAUAAUAAAAAGCUUUCUACUGAUGUAAAAAAAAAAAAAGAAGAAGAAGAAAAAAAAUUCUCUAUAUGUAGUGUUAAUGAAAAAAAAAAAAAAAAAAAAUAUAUGAAAGGAAUAACAAUUUGUGAAUAUGAAAAAAUAAAAGAAAAAAAUUGUAUAUGUGUUUUAUGUAAAGAAGGGAUGUCAAAAAAUAAUUUAUUAGCAUAUAUAUGUUUUUCAUCACAUACAAAUUUAUUAAAAAAAAUUAUCAAAAAAAAUAAAUUUUCAUUUCCUUGUAAACAUCCAUCUAUAUAUACUUGUGGUCAUUUUAUACAUACAAAAUGUUUACAUAAUACAAGGAUAUUAAAAUAUAGAAAAUUGUUCAGUGUAAAAAAUGAACCAACUCUAUAUGAAUUUACAUGUCCCUUAUGUCGUUCAAUAGCUAAUAGUUUUGUGGUGUAUAUACCAAAGAGAUAUAUAUCGGAGAAUGAUAAAUAUAGAGUAUAUGAUUGUAAUGAGCAAGAAUUUUUCUUGGAUAACUCAAAUAAAAAUUUAUCCGAACUUUUGAGAAUUUCCAAAUAUUCAGAAGAGAGGAAUUAUGGAAUUAAAAGGAAGAAGGAAAAAGAAGAAAAAAAAAAAAAAAGGAAAAUGAUAAUGAUGAAAGAAAUGACGAACCAAAUGAAUUAUGAACAAAAUGCAAAUGGUAUAAUAAAAUCAAGUGAUAUACAGAAUAAUGUUCAGGUAGACACAUUUAUACAUAAUAAUAUAUACACCUAUAUACCCAAUAAGAAAUCACAAAUUGAUGAGUGUGCUGAGCAAAACAUAGAAUUAUUAAAAGACAUAAAGAAUGGAGAAUCUACAAAUAUGUGCAACAAAGCAGAUAAUUUGUUUGCUAUACAAAAUGAUAAUGGUUAUCCUUAUAGAUAUAAAGAAAGUGAAGAAAUAUCUGAAGGAGAAGAAUUUUUAUUAAUAAAUAAAAAGAAUAUUUCUUGUAAUUAUUUGAAUAACUAUGUAACAAACGAUACAUUAAGUAAUGACAAUGUAAUGAUACAUAAGGAUAUCUUAUUAGAUGAUUAUUUUUUACAAGAUGAUAAUAAUUUUUCUACGUGUUCUAUAACGUUGAAUGAUUAUCUAAUACCUCGAUAUUUUAAUAUAACCAAUUGUGAUUAUAUUAGAAAUGAUUUUAAAAAUAAUAAAUGUAAGAAUAGGAAGGAUAAUUGUUUUAAUGAAAAUGAUGAUAAUGAAAAUGAUGAUAAUGAUAAUGAAAAUGGUGAUAAUGAUAAUGAAAAUGGUGAUAAUGAUAAUGAAAAUGAUGAUAGUAAUAAUGAUGACAAUAAUGAUGAUAAUAAUGAUGAUAAUAAUGAUGACCAUAAUGAUGAUACGGGGGAAGAAAGCUUAUCCACCCUAUCGUCUUGCUCAUCAGAAAACAUAUUAUCCGAUAAUUAUAUUGAUGAUAGUGAUAUAGCUGAAGAAUUUUAUUUUAAAUAUACACAUGAUAAGAAUAAAAAUAUAAAUAUGGGGAACAGAAAAAAUAAGAAAAGGAACUUAAAGGAAAAUCAUAAAGACGAUUUUCAUAUGAAUAAUAGUAAUACUCAUAAUGUGAGCUCAUAUAAUUUUUUCGAUGAAAAUAAGAAGAAUACAAUUUUUAAUUUAAAUUUCUGUAGUCUUAUAGAAAAGGAUAGUUUAUUAAAUGAUAUGUUGGCAUAUGAAUGUUAUGAAAAAAAUAAAAAAAUAAUAUUAAGAAAUAUUUAUUUAAAUGAAAAUAAUAUGUAUGAUGAAUUAUUUGAAAGAAAGAAAAAUGAUAAUAAUGUGGGUAUACAUAAUAUUAUAUAUUCACAAGAAAAUAAUGAUGUCCUUUUAAAUAAUAAGGAUGAUAUAAAUAUUAUAUAUAAAAAUACCAAUAUGGAAAAACAAAAAAGAAUAAGAAGAAGAAAAGGAAGAGGUACCGAAAUAUAUUUUUAUAAAAAUACAUCUAAUUAUGUAAAUAAAGAUUAUACGUUUACAUAUAGAAAUUCGAAUUUUUAUUAUCGUUCUAAAAAUGGUUUUUUAUCUUACUAUGUUAGUUUACCCUUGUCGUUUAUUAAAGAAAUACAAUAUUUUAUGAUAAAAAAUAAAUUAUAUAAUUACCCAGGAAACAAUAGAUAUAAUAAAUUUUAUUUAACGACAGAGGUAGAUAAGGAACAAAUCAAAAAAGAAGAAAUGGAGAUGAAUAUAAAUAUGAAUAUGGAUAUGAAAAUCGACCCGUCUAUAUUUUGUAAUUUUGAAGACAAAAUAAAAACGAAGGAAAAAUAUAAUACUAUAUUAUAUUAUGAAAUGAAUAAUCAUAUUAUAACAUAUGUAAAAUCUAAUUUUAACUAUGAAAGCAUAAAUGCAGAUGAGGCUAUUAAAAAGUAUGAGGUAUGUGAUUUUUACACCAAUGGUACUUUUGAUAGUGCUGAUGAAAAAUUAUGUAGUGAAGAGAAGCAAGAUCAUUUAAUAACGAGACAUAAAGUAAAAGAGUGUUUACAUGAAAAUGAAAGUGAGCAGAAGGAAAAAAGAUUAAAAAUAGGACAUGAGCAUGAAGUAGUAGAUGAUAUAAGUAAUAUGAGUGUAGCAAAUAAUGAUAAUAUAUAUGAUAAUAAUAAUGAUAAUAUAUAUGAUAAUAAUAAUAAUGAUAAUAUAUACGAUAAUAAUAAUGAUAAUAUAUAUGAUAAUAAUAAUAAUGAUAAUAUAUAUGAUAAUAAUAAUAAUAAUAAUAGUAAUAGUUGUGUAGGGGGUGAAAAUUUUAUUUGUGAUAACAAAUCAGAUGAUAUUAAUUUUGAAUUUAUAAAAGAUUUAAAUAAAAUAAAUUAUGAAGAGAAAAAAAAAGAAAAAAAAGAAAUCUUAGAAAUAGAAAAAUUAAAUAAAGAGAAGAUGAAUGGUGAUAAACAAGAUAUACAUAAAUUUAAAUAUCCAUGUAAUGUUGAAGAAAUAAAAGAUCAUAAUAUAUCGAUGAAAACCAGUUUAUCUAUGGAUGUAUAUGAAGGUAUUGUAAGUACAAAUAAAAAUAUAUAUGAAAUAUACAACGAAUUAAAAAGGAAACAAUAUUUUUAUUCUGUAUGCGAUAUAAAAUCAUUAAGACAAUCAAUUAUAUUAUUAGAUGGUAUAUCAGAAAUUUCAUGGAGAAUAUUUCAUCAAGAACAUACAACAUUUUCAUCUAUAUUACAUCAUUCAGAGAAUUAUAAAAGAUUAAUUGAUUUUGAUUAUAAUACAAAAGUAGAUGAUAACGAUGAAGAUAUUGAUAUAAAAGGUAUUGGUGUUAAUGAUUUAUUAAAAAUAUAUCGUAGAUUAGAAAUAUAUCCCGAUUUUAUAUUUAAUAAUAGUAACGUGGGUUUUAUUAAUAGACAUGAUUUAAAAUUUAUAACUAAAAAAGAUCUUCUUUUAAUGAAUAAAAAAGAUUAUGAGAGAAAUAAAAAAGAAAGGAAAAAAAAAAAUUCUAUUUUGUAUCCAACAACUUCACAUACCAAUAAUAAUGAAAAUAAUAAUGAGAAUAAUAAUGAAAAUAAUGAUGAAAAUAAUGAUGGUAAUAAUAAUAAUAAUAAUAAUAAUAAUAAUAAUAGUCGUGGGGAUGUUAAUAAACCUAAGAAUAAUAAUUCCUUUAAUAAUUAUAGUGAGAAAAAAGAAGGUAAUAAAAAGAAAAAGAAAAAUCAUAGUGAUGUAUUAAACAUAAAAUACUGGCGAAAUAUUAAUACGGCUGUUGAUUUUUUUAAAAUAUAUUGGAUUUUAUAUAAUGAGAUAUUAAUAAAUAUUUUCUAUAAAAAUAUAAAUUAUAUAUCUUGUAAUAAUAUGAUAGAAAUUUUAGUACGUAAUUUAUUUUUAUACAAAUAUGAAUUAAAUAUUUUAAAAGAAGAAAAUAUUUCUAAUCUUUUUAAUAUUCAAACAUGGAAAAAUAUGUAUAAAAUAUGUUUCUUUUAUGUCUAUCCUUAUCGAUUUACUUUUAAUAAAUAUAAAAAAUUUUUCAAUAAAAUUAAGAAAAUACACUUUUUAAAUAAUUUAUCUUUUAUUCCUUUAUCAGUAGAUGUAUUAAAAUUAUUUAUGAAUUUUUUUUUAAAUCAAUAUUUAUAUACUCCUUCAUUAAUUAAGCAUUUUAUAUCAAUAUCAUUAAUCAUAAUAUCUUUUCAAAUUAUGAAUGAAAUAUUUAUAAAAGAAAUAUCCAAGACAUAUGUACGAUUUAUUUUUAAUACAAUCCAAAAGUAUCACCAUAUCAAGAAAUAUAUUACUCGUAUAUCUAAACAUAUUUCUUAUCAAAAAAUGUAUGCAAAUUAUAUUAUUAACCUUUCUGAAUAUGUAGACUAUAUUGAGAGAGCCAAUACAUUUGUUCAAACACAAGAAACGAAAAAAAUAAAACAUAAUGAAAGUUCCAUUUAUCAUAAUAUUGAAAUGUUAGGACAUAAACAAAAUGAACAGAAAAAGCAUUCUUUAAAUGCCUACGACAGAUUUCACAUUUUUCUUUUUGAAAGAUAUGUAAAAAAUUCUAUACCAGGGGGUGAAAAUAUAACUUUAAAAUAUGUGAAUGGUCGAUAUAAAUUAUAUGAAAAUGAUCAAGAGGUAGUACAUAUGACUGACAUUGAACAUUUUGAAAAGAUCAAAAAUGUUUAUUCGAAGAAAGCAAUGGAUAUUUUAAAAAAGAAGAAUGACCAAAUGGAAAAUGAUAAGGAGGAAAAAACUAGUAAUGAACAACCAAAUAAUUGUAAUAAAAUAUUAGAUGGUAAUAAAACAUUAGAUGGUAAUAAAAUGUUAGAUGGUAAUAAAACAUUAGAUGGUAAUAAAAUAUUAGAUGGUAAUAAAAUAUUACAUGAUAAUAAAAUAUUACAUAAUAAUAAUAGUAAUAAUAAUGUCGAAAACAAAAGUUGUAACUUCCACAACGUAUCAUCUUACAAGGGUUUAAUGAAAUCCUUGUUUGGUAAAAAGAAUUUUUUUUUUAUUAUAGAUAUUGUUAACUUAUUUAAAAAUAUACAAAGACUCUCAUAUAUAUUUGAUGAAGAAACAAUAAGCUACCUACACAUGAUUAUUAUGAAUAGUAAAAUAUUAUCAUAUGAUUUAAAAGAAAUAAAAAGAAAAAAAAAGGUACAAAAAAAGAUUUAUCCCAAAUUUACUUCUUAUAUUAUAAAACAAAAGAAGGCAAAUAAAUUAAACUCUUAUAAUUAUGAUUUAUUACAUAUUGAAAAAAAAUGGGUAUUAUAUCUUAUUUAUAAAACCAUAUUAAAAUAUUAUGAUAUGCUUCUAUUUAAGAAGAGAGUUCAAAAACUUAUGCUUUUGAUGUGUGAAAUUAAUGAUGAAUAUAUAAAAUAUAUAUAUUUUAAUGGUUAUAUUCCUAUAAAUAUAUAUCUAAGUACUAACUUAAUAAAAUACAAUGAAUUCUUUACAAAUUAUUAUUCUUAUAUAUAUAACAAAAAUGUUAAUGAUAAAUGGGGUGAUUUCCAUGUCUUAUAUUUCCAAAAUCAAGAAAAUAAUAUAAAAAAAAAUAACAAAAAAAAUUAUUAUUAUACACUUUUUAAAAACAAACAUGUUUUAAAAAGAGAUUAUAAUCAUAUCGUAAGUAAUAAUAUACAACCCAUUAAUAAAUUCAAUCAACCCAUAACAUCUAAUGAAUGUACAUCUCCAAAUAUCUCUUAUCAUAUAAAAUCAAAUGAAAUAUUUAAAAAUGAAGAUUAUCAUAAUCUUAAUAUAUAUAAUGAACAUAUUAUUUAUAAUUCGCACAAAGAUACAAAUUUAUUAUCUUCCUAUAACUAUAUGCAACAGGUACAACAAAAUACUCUCACCAUGAAUAAUCUUGAUCAUUCAAAUAAUCUAAUAAUAAAUGAUAACAAUAAAAGAGAUAAACAACAUAUAAAUACGGAACAUUGGAACAAGAACAUUAUUAAUAGUAAUUAUUUUAAUGUUUAUAAUAAUGAUUCCGGCCAAAAUGAGCAAAACCAUGUACAGGAAGGUGUCCGUGGUUUCAUAGAUGUUGAUGAUGAUUUGUAUAAUAUGCAAGAGAACCCAAAAGAAAGCAAAAAAAAUAAUAUUAAUGAUGAUGAUAAAAGGGAUAAGGUUAUUAAUAGUGAUAAUAAUUUGAACGAAACGACACAUAAUCAUAUAGCAUAUAAUAAUGACCAAGAAUUAUCCACUGAAUUAAAUUUAUUUAAAUAUAAAUUAUAUAAUAUAUCAAGUGAAGAAAUUAGUAAUUUAUAUUUAAUGGAAGAUUGUAAUAAUGAAAAGGGAUUCUUUUCAUGUCUUAAUAAAAAUGAAGAUUUUGAAUAUAAGAAUGUUAACAUUUUAAAUAUAUUAAAAUAUAAAUUUGAUCUAGUUCCAUAUAUUAAUCAUUUAUAUUAUCUUUAUAAUUUCUAUCCAUUAUUGUUUAAAUUGAAAGAGAUAAAAAAUAUCCAUGAUAUGAAAGAAAAACAAAUAAAUUUAUGUACAGACCAAUUUUUACUAUCAUUAGUAGAUAAGGAUAUUUAUGAUUGUUAUGAUGAUGUAAAUUUUUCUGAUGCUAGUUUUUAUAGUGAUCAAACUAUUCAUGUUUCUGAAAAGGAAUGUGAUCAUAAAAAUCAUAAAAGUAAUAAAUAUGAUUCUGAUAGUUAUCAUCAUCCUGUUAAUGUAUCUCAUACAUCUUAUCCAUAUAAACAACAAAAUGGUGACGAAGAAGAUACAUUGCAAAUUAAUUCUUCAUUAAAUAUUCUUGAAAAUGUUGUCGAUCUUGAUGAACUCAUAAAAGAUUUGAAAAAAACAAAAAAGAGCAAACAAAAAGCUAGUAAAAAUAAAUAUGCUGAUAAAUUUUUUGUCUCAUUUUUUAAUACAGCAUUGAGAAGAGAGGAAGAUAAAGGAAAAACGAAUUAUUUACAUUAUGGGAAAUUAGGAAAUGCUAAAAAUAAUACAAAAUUAAAGAAUUUAUUUUUAUCAGACCAACAAAAUGGUAAUAUAUAUGAUAAUAUAAAUGGUAAUAUUUAUGAUAAUAUAAAUGGUAAUAUAUAUGAUAAUAUAUAUGAAAAUGUCAAUACCUAUCAAAGCUCAGCUUCUCAUAUAUUUAUAGAUCCACAUAAUUUAACAAAUAUAAAUAUAUCCAAAGAAUUAAGUAAUAAUAUCAAUAUAAAUUGUGGGAAGAAGGAAAAAAACAAAGUAUCAUCAAAUGAUCAAAAUAAUACUGAAAAUGAAUACAUGGAAAAUAGUUCCUCUGAUAAUCCAUAUGAUGAUUCAAAUUUUGUAUCUUAUCAUGAAAGUAUAGAUUCUACAAGUAGUGCGGAUAAAUAUCAUAAAAGAAAAAUGACACCUAUGGAAAGUAUGUUUUUAAAAUAUACAUUAAAUACAUCAGAAGAUGCAUUAUCCAAUAAAUAUAAUGUAACAAGUAAAAAUAAAAAUAAAAAAGAAUAUUUAAGUUUUCUUAAAUAUAAAGAUGCAAAUAAAAUUCAACGUUAUCAUAUGUUAUUAAGAAAAAAUGGUCUUGGUAGAUUAUUUUUUUAUAAUUUAAGAAAAAUGUAUAAUUAUGUAUAUAAUCUAUAUGAUUUCAUACCUCUUUAUCUUAUACAAAAUAUAUUAAUACAUUAUUAUGAUAUAUAUCAACAUGCGAACCAAUAUUAUUAUCAUGAUGAUAAAGAACAUCCCACUUUUUUUACACAACAAAAUGAAGAUGAUGAAUAUGAAUAUACCAAGUUUUCAAAAGAUUUCUUUAAUACUAAUAAAUGGAAAAGAAUGUAUUCGAAAUAUGAAGACAGACUAAAUAACGAAACCUAUCCUGAACCACCAAACAAAAAUAUUUCAAAUAAACAGGGACAUAAAGAGAAUAAUCUAAUAUACCAGAAUUCGCAAAAUUAUGAUAUGACUACUAAUCAUUAUAAUAUUGCUAAUAAUGAUAUAGAAAAAAGAAAUCAAACCAAUUCAUACCUUUUUAAUGUUGACGAUGAAAAUUGCCCUUCUCUAUCAUCAAACAAUCUUGAAAAUAUUAAUAGUACUUUAAUCAAUGACCACCAUUUUAUACAAACAAAUAAUGAUGAUAUGAACAGCAUACAACAUAUGGAGAAGAAGAUUUCAGAAAUGUCGGAAUGUAAUUUAAAAACGGACAAAAAUAAUAACAUCUUUAAUUAUCCACAAGAUAAAAUAAAUCCUGAUAAAAUGAAGAAAAAUGAAAGAAUGGAAUUUUCAGUAAAUAAAAAAAUAAAAACAAACCAUAACACAACUGGAUAUAAUAAAAGAAAUAAUGAUAGGUAUAAUCAUUCUAGUAGUUUUAAUUUUUUUGGAAAGGAUGAAUAUGAUAACACAUCAUAUGAGGAUUAUAUAAAAAAAAAAAAAAACUUCUCUUCAACAAGUAGAAGAAAACGAAAUAAUAAUAUAAAUAUGAAAGAAUUUUUUUCAAAUGGACGUUAUGAUAAAUUAUUAAGUAUAAAGAAAAUAUUUAUGAUAUUCUAUAAUUAUUUGAGGAAGUGUCAUUUUAUCGAUAAAAAAAAUUCUUGUAAGAAUUUAUAUAAAUCAUUUUUAAAAAAAUAUUUAAAAUCAGCUAAUGUAUAUUUACAAUUUAUAGCUUAUAUUAUAUUCUCUAUAUAUGAUUAUAAUUCAUUAGCAAAAAAAUAUUUAGAUUAUAUACACUUAUACAGUGAUAUUAGUAAAUAUAAUAUAUUCCUUCAUAUAUUAAAUAUCGACGAAGACUAUGAUAAAAUAUAUAUAUAUCAAACAUUACAAUUAAUAUAUCAUCCAUAUUUUUAUCUAAUGUAUAAAUUAUAUAAAUAUCUAAAAAUAGAUGCUUCCCCAGUAUUAUUACAUGAUUUUUAUGAAAACUGGGAAGAAUUUACAAAAUCCCCAUCUUUAUUUCAACCUAGCAAAAAUUAUUUUACACUAAUUAAAAAACAUUUUAAAAGAAAAUGUGUAAGUUGUAAUAAGUCUCCAAAAAAAAUACUUAUCUGUCUCUAUUGUGGUUCAACUGUUUGUCUGCAUGAAGGGGACCAUGUGUCCGGACCCUUAUCACAAACUAUAAGUAAAUGUGUGUACCAUACGACCAUCUGUGGAGGAGAGCAAUGUUUAUACUUAUGUUUAAAUACAUCAUCGGUGUUGUUUACGAGUGAAAACCGAUUCGAUUUUAUGAGUGGACCUUAUGUCGACAAAAAUGGAGAUGUGGACUAUCAAUUAAAGAGAGGAAAAAAUUUAUACCUUUCUUCUUAUAAGUUGAACAAACUUUUUGACGUUAUAAUUAAUUCAGCAGUUGAUGUUGAAAUAUAUAAGCAUACGUUGAAAUCAGAAUAA